AUGUUUUUUUGGCAUCUCGUGAUCGGAGCAGUCAUUCUCUUUCUCUUUCUUUACACGUGCGCCAAAUUCCGAGUCUUUGAGAAUCUUCUCUCUCGACACUUUGUGUUUGAUCCCAAAGAAUUGGAUCAAAUUGUGAAGAGAGCUGUCGACAAGUAUCCCAAUGAUUAUUCCGUUUCGUUGGGUCCUAUUAAACAUGGAAAAGAAGAAACAUCUAUUUGUGAAAUUAAAGAUUUGGCACGAAAUUGGAUACGAGACACUCCCGAUAUGGAUGGAAAAUUUAUUGUUACACCAGAAAAUCCAGAUACCAUCUUUGAGAGAAGAUGUCAGUAUAUUUUGGAACAAUUAUGUGAAAAAUAUCCAAAUUAUUGUUCGGAUGUGAAAACGAUGGAUUUCUUUGAUAGCAAAAAGAUGAAACAACAAUGGAUGUUUAAUAUGUGUGGUGGAGCUCUUGGACAUAUUUGUGUGUUCCACUUUAGCUUUACUGAGUAUAUUAUUCUCUAUGGAACUCCAGUAGGCACAAGUGGAUAUUCUGGCAGAUACAUGAUGGAUGUUUAUGAUUACAUUAUUCAGGGACAUCACGAAACAUACACUCCUGGAAAUGUCAGAGGACUUUACUACAAACCAGGAGACAUGACUUUCUUACCAAGAUUUGAAGCAUGUUCCUAUAAAUCAGCUCCUCAUACCUACAUGAUGGAGUAUGGAAGAGGUUUUCCUGGAGUUGUUUUGGGAGCCUGUUACCCUUUGGUGUCUGCUCUUUUUACGACUUUGGAUUUCUAUUCAUUCUAUCAUCAAAUUAAGGUAGUUUCAAAACACAUGAUGAAAAAUUGGUUUUCGAAUCGAAAGUUUUGA